AUGGAAAAGGUUAGACCAAGAGGGCGUGAGGUGGAAGAGAUUGAGCCCAUACUAGAUGCACUGCCGAAUCUAGAACAGUACAUAUACUUCUCUUUAGCCGGUGUUUACCUUAAAUCCGAUCUUUUACCACAUCUUGAGAUUGAUGCGGUUGACCCUAAAAGCCGACACAAGGGGAAUCUCGAGACCGAGGCCUUACUAGAGUCAAAAGGUGUCAACUACACUUCUAUAAGACCCGUUUAUAUCUACGGCCCGUUGAACUACAACCCUGUCGAAGAGUGGUUUUUCCAUAGGUUGAAAGCGGGCCGACCCAUCCCCAUUCUCAAAUCAGGUUUGCAAGUAACCCAACUCGGUCAUGUAAAGGAUUUGGCUACAACUUUUAUAAAAGUUUUGGAGAAUGAAAAAGCAAGCAAACAAGUGUACAACAUUUUAGGAGAUAGAUAUGUUACUUUCGAUGGAUUAGCAAGAGCUUGCGCUAAGGCUGGUGGAUUCCCUGAGCCCGAGAUCAUUCACUAUAAUCCUAAGGAGUUCCAUUACGGUAAAAAGAAAGCAUUUCCAUUCCAGGACCAGGAUUUCCCAAUGAUUGGCGUCAUGGGAGGCGCGAUUCUGACGGGAACUUUUUUGUUAUAG